CGUUGAACGUGAUUUCACGUGAUCAUCCCCAGCUCCGCCUGGUUUUCGCUUUUCGCGGUAGUCGCUGUUGUUUCUUCUUGACGGUGCCGCCAUUAUUCCAGUAGUAGCAUGGCUACGCCAGUGGACGACGAGGGGUUCGUGCUCCGUAUCCGGGGCCUUCCGUGGUCCACGACCAAGGAGGAGAUUUUGAACUUUUUCACCAGUAAAGAGGUGAACAUCAAGGGAGGCAUAAGCGGCGUCCACAUGACGCUCUCUCGAGAGGGCAGGCCGAGCGGCGAGGCCUACAUUGAGCUUGAGAGUGAGCAGGACGUGGAGGUGGGCCUGCAGCGCCACAACGAGCACAUCGGCCACAGGUACAUUGAGGUGUUUAAGUCGAAACGGAGUGAAAUGGAUUGGGUGGUGAAGCGCAGUGGAGCACACCAACAGGACUCCCUCAACGACGGCUGCGUUAGAUUGAGGGGCUUGCCCUUUGGCUGCUCCAAGGAGGAAAUUGCACAGUUCUUCUCGGGGUUGGAGAUUGUCCCCAAUGGGAUUACACUUCCUACCGACUACCAGGGGAGGAGCACGGGGGAAGCGUUUGUGCAGUUUGCCACACGGGAUAUAGCUGAAAAGGCGAUGGGGAAACACAAGGAAAAAAUUGGGCACAGGUACAUAGAGAUCUUCAAGAGCAGCCUGCAGGAAAUUCGCUCAGCCGUGGGCAUGGGUGUGCCCAAGAUGAUGCGACCCCUGGGCACAGCACGACCCGGCCCCUACGACCGCGGGGACCGCUUCGGGGGUCCCUCGCGCUACGGUAUGGGACGCGGAGGCCGCAACUUUCGCGGCUUUGUGGAAGAAGACGGCUAUGGAGAUUUUGGUGGUUCUGGUGGAGCACGCUACUCGGCCACGGGCCACUUCGUCCACAUGCGGGGGCUGCCCUUUCGUGCCACCGAGAGAGAUAUCUUUGAGUUUUUCCAGCCCAUGAACCCGAUGAACGUGCACCUGAUCUACGAGGACAGUGGCCGCCCAUCUGGCGAGUGCGAUGUGGAGUUUGCCACCCACGAGGAGGCCGUCAAGGCCAUGAGCAAGGACAAGGCACACAUGCAGCACCGCUACAUUGAGCUGUUCCUCAACUCAACCCCGAGCGGCAUGAGCGCCGGAGGCAGCAAUGGCGGCGGGGCGGGCUUUGGCAACGGCGUGGGACCCAUUGGCUCGGGGGCCGGCACCACGGCCUUCGGGGGCACCAUGGCCGGCGGCGGCAGCGGCUUCGGCUCCAGCAGCUUCGGUAGUGGCCGCUACGGGGGAGGAAGCUACGGGGGUGGGUCCAUGGGUGGAAACAUGAUUGGUGGAAACAACUACACUUCAUUCUGAGGCACUGGAUGGGCUGGCACUGCUCACAAGAUCACCCGUUUUUUUUUUUUUUUUUUUUUUUUCCUUGUGUUGUAUAAAGAUUUUUUUUUUUUUAACAUGUACCUCAUGUGCUGUAACUUGUAAAGUUGUCAACUUGCAAAUCAUUUUCUCAUUCUGGAGUGCCGUUCGGUAAGGUGGCGCAACAGUACAAUAAAAGUCUCUCAAAGAA